CUGUGCAGCAUGUGCGUCCAACUGUGUGACCGACACGUCCAGGAGCGGCGCCGCGUCAUUGAUCUCGUGUGCCGGGAAUGGAUGCUUCGACGAUACCGCUUCUCACCGGCGGCGCCGCGACCACCGCCAAUUCCAAUCCAGGAAUCGUGGCAGGCCGAGUGCCGCCACCGGCCAGGCAACGGUGGAUACAAGCCACACAACACAUCCGAGCAAAGUUUCCCAAGCCAGGGAAUCGAUGGAAGGACCUUGUGACUGCGUUUCGAACGAGUCAACGAAGCUCGUGCAUCAUGCGGCCGCCCGCGAACCCUGACAAAGAGCUGGCUUCGUUUCACUUAAGCGACAUUGACGCAUUUCUUGGCCGUAUCAAACCUCCUUCGAUCGAGUACAUCGUGGUCGAGGUGCUUGUGCACAAGUGUCCCCUGCAUCCGUCGCAUUUGGGCCGAUGGGCGCAUUCUGCAGUCCGGUACACGAUGCCGAACGGGACGCAGAAACUGGUCAACAUUUGCAGGCCGGAGGAAGGACAUCAGCUGAUCGAGUUUUACGACGACCCGGAGGAUUAUCUUCUCGGUGUCCAAGGCAAGGGAGGCAUUUUCUCGCGCGACAUUUGCUCCAUUCGCAUCGAGGACGUCCAUCCCGACAGCAUGCGGGCGCUGGACCACCACUUUCAAGCGAUAUCGCACCGGUUUCGAGCGGACGGGACCGGUUGCUCGUUUGAGAUCACGGGCGGGUUCUGGGAAAAUGUGUUCCGCGAGGUGUUUCAUCUGCCGUCCAAGCCGAGCGGGAAUUGCGCGCGGUGGGUGUCCAAAGGCCUCGUGUAUGCGAACGUGCUCAAGCGGCAAAGCAUGUUUCCGAAAGCGAUUUGGGUCGAGAUGCUCGAAAACCAGUCGGCUGCCAACGCGGCCAACGUCAACGUUGUGUACUACCGGCGAAUCAAAGGAAAAGCCAAAGAGAAACCGCACCUGCGAACCGCUUUACAAGCGUGAAAGUGUGGCUUCUUUUUCCCACCGACUUGAUCCAGUCGUGGCUGUACUGGGACAUGGCCAAGUUUGCCAAUGUCAUCGUAGACAACAGGGACGACAUUGGUGCUGACACCCAAGCAGCGCGGUUGCAGGUCCAGUUGGUGCCGGGCCACGGGGCCCGAACGCCCCGUCCUGUGAUCUACCUCGUCCGGGUUGCGCACGCAUGCCUCGUGUGUGGGCUCGCGCUGGGGUAUGUUUUCUGUUGUCCUGGGGGCUACCCCCCGCAAGAGCCUCGCGUUCCGUUUGCAUACGAAGUUUGCCCGUCGACAUGGCCAGGCACGAUAGGGUAUCGGAUCACGUUAGCCAUCGUUGCGAUGGCGAUUUUGGAAUUUUGGUGGUACUAAUGCACGUGGAGAUUGUUGGAUCGA